AUUUAUCAGGAUGCCACAUGGAACUUAUCCACCACACCCGUUCUUCCCUGCUCCAAUACCAAACCUUUCUCCACAGUAUCCUCACUCAUUUCCUACCAUGUCUAUAGCAGAAAGAUUAGCGGCUGACCUAUUAUUUGAGGCUAGAUUUGGUCAGCAUAGAAAACAAAGACGAAGCCGAACAGCUUUUACCAACCAUCAGUUAGCAACUUUGGAAAAGACGUUUUCUAAAACACACUAUCCAGACGUUGUUAUGAGAGAAAGACUGGCUAUGAUGACAAAUUUACCGGAAGCUAGAAUUCAGGUAUGGUUUAAAAAUCGAAGAGCUAAAUAUAGGAAGAAACAGAAAGGUCGUAGUUCUGACAACCCUAGUGAAAAUGAUAAAGAGAAAGCCAAAAAUGACAAUUUGAACGAUGAUAGACCUACAGAUGAGCAAAUUAUUGAUGUUGUAGAGGAAGAUUUUCUUAGUUCUGAUUCACCAAAAACAGAAUCUCAAACACCAGAGGAAAAAGGGGAAGGUAUUAAUCUUGAAGCAUUGAAACAAGAUGAUACAAGCAAAGAAUGUGAUAUGGAAUUAGAACGGGAUAGAGAAAAAGUGGAAGAAAAUAAUGGUCAGCUUCAGUUACCUCCCUUUUCUGUGUUUAACUGGAACAAUCAUCUUCUUAAUAACACACUGUAUCACAAACAACUAGAACUACAACGCUCGGUCACAUACAGUUCAGCGUUUCCCCUAGCACCAAUGAUGACUCCACAUUAUCCAUAUCAUCUAGGACCUCAUUUAGCGACGUCGUCAUAUAUGCCUUUAUCACAGACAGAUAGUUUUAGAACCUCGCAUGCAAACACACAUACCAGAGAAAUGGCUGGAGACUUUAGAAUUUCAGACAGAAUUUAACAAGUCCACACAUUUAUACAGAGUCUCGACUAAUGGAUUUUUUUAUCCAGUUAAAAUAUAGAUAGUAGAUCAAAUUUACUCUUCUUGUAAUAUUAAAUUCAGCAUGAACUUAUUCUUGUCUUUAAAC